AUGUCAGAUGAAAAAAAAGCUGAACGGUCAAGUACAAAAUCAUUAGAUGAUGAUCAUUUUAUUGAAUCAAAAAAGGAGAAAAUGAAUAUUAAUGAUUUACAUCCUGAAGAACGUAAACGUUUACGAAUGCUUGGGUUGAUAACUACGAAUGCAGAUGGAGAAGAACAAGAAGCGACCGAUGCACAACUCGAUGCUAUCUUACAGAAAACAAUUCAAAAUGAAGAUCCAAAUGUUUUAGCUGAUAAAUACAUGAUGAAACAUGGUUUAUAUGAUUCACUCAAAGCGCUGACAACAAAAAUUGUGUUGAAUCGACCAGCUGACCCGGUUGGUUUCAUGGCUAAUGAUCUUGAACAACAAAUUAAAGAUCAAGCAAAUAGUUGA